GAUUAGGCUGUCACCGGACGCCAGCCCACAGAAGAUCAUCAACACCCUCCGUCUGCCCUCGGGCGUGGGGGCCACCUGUGUCCUCAAAACCCCCUUCAACAGCACCCUGGACCAGCUGGCCCAGACCCUCAACCCCAGCGCCAACAACUCCAAGACCCUGGCUGCACGCUACUUUGACUCCAUGUGUCUUGACUCCUUUACACAGGGGGUCCCUUUCUCCAACUUUGUUCCCCCCCCUCCCUCACCAGCGCCUUCAGAUGACCCAGAUCCUGGCUUUGAGGACGGACUGUGGAACUACACUGCCGCCCAUCCGACCGCAGUGCGUGAGCCUGUGACGUCCCCCCCCACACUCCCCCUGUCCCUACAUGAGCCGGUGCGUUGUACCUGCUCUAUGCAGGGGACAGGGUUCUCCUGUCCCAGUGGGGUGGGGGGACGUCCCCCCCUCAUGAAGGUGGUGACAGGAGACAUCCUGGUGGACAUCACAGGCCGCAAUGUCUCUGAGUAUCUGCUGUUCACAUCAGACAGACUGCGCCUGCACAGGUUUGUGGGGAUUGCACAUGGACGCAGGAAGGAGGGUGCAGCACCCCCCUAGUGGCAGGCAGGCGGUGCCGAGCUCCCCUUCCUGAAUUGUUAUUGCUGCUCCCGCUGUGCAUAAUCUGUG